ACACACAAAAUCAACGCAUCAGAGGUUUCUCCGCGCGCUCCCGUCUCGUCUCGCUCAGAGUAGCUGAGAGGCGGAGAACGGGCUCGCGCCUGGGAGCUGUCCCAGGAAAACAUGGUGCUGAAACCUACAGCGCGAGCUGACCUACGUGGAGCACGGCACGCGCCGUCACGGUAGAUUGUAAGUAUGGCCGGUUCGGCGCGAGCGUGAGGGCUGAAGGCAGUGACCACCACGCGCGGAUUUCGGGACGCGCAACGGCGAAACACGACGGCCUUGAAGAACGGAAGGUAACGGUGGUUAUCCAUUCCCCUCCACUCCCACCAUGCACACACGACAAUACCCCACCCUCUUCAUCUUCCUUUAGAGGACGCCUCACGCGAUAAAGCGCUGACUUUAAUUGAUUGAUUGACUGAUUAAUAUCUGAUAUGCUCUGGGCUGCGCGAGCCUGCGCUCCGAAUCCAUUUGAGGGAAGAACUUUACGGAUAUUAGGACCUGCACUUGACAUGGCACAGGAGUGGCCGACAAUAUCAUCCAUUGGUUGUGGAGGAUCAGAUCCACAGUCCAGGAUUUCGUUCCUGUUCCCUGUCUAACACCGAACUGGACCGCUGCAUGGGUUAGCUCGCGCAUAGCGCUCUCCUCGCUCGUGCUGCCGCUUUAAGUCUGACCCGGAAUCUUUAUCUCCAUGUGUGCGGCUUAAUUAUUAGUGGGAUUCUAUUUAAUUUAAUCGAAGAUCAACAUCGGAAGAAGCAAAGCAACUCGGUGGAUUAUAGACAACCCCAUGAGCUAGCGGCUUAUUAGACUUUAGCCGCUCGAGCUAUCACUGGGAGUUGAUUUGGGUUAAACCGAUACGCUGAAGCGGCACGGUGUUCUCCGUCUGCAGCUCGUCCGUCGUUAAGCGCGUAUAAACGGGCACAUGUGGUGCGCUGGCGGUGUCGGGGUUGGAUGGUGCCGGAGUUCGCUGAGCCGUUCACCGAUGCUGCGGCGCGAGGGAAAGCAGAGAGGCCGCCGCUGUCGCGUCUUGUUAAGUGACCUGAAGGCUUUGCUGCUCAGGCCACCACCGGCACCGGCACCGGCAACGUCGCCCAUGAACGGAGCGCCGAGCGCUCCUCCGGCGGAGCGGACGCGGGACGAGGACGACGCCGCAUCCGCCGCCGUCGCAUCCGCAGCCGACGCGGUUUGGGCUGGUGAUGAGGAGCGGAGCACCGCGGAGAGUCCGGACGGCGGCAGCUCGAGCGAGGAAUGCACCAAGGAGAAGCUCGACGAGAGGGCGAGUCUGGAGAGCUGCACGGAGAGCGGAGCGCGGACGCCCCUGUGCCGGAUCUGCUUUCAGGGAGCAGAUCAGGGUGAGCUGUUGAGCCCGUGCCGCUGUAGUGGCUCGGUGCGCUGCACUCAUGAGCCAUGCCUAAUAAAGUGGAUCAGCGAAAGAGGCUCGUGGAGCUGUGAGCUGUGCUACUACAAGUACCAUGUCAUCGCCAUCAGCACCAAGAAUCCACUACAGUGGCAGGCGAUAUCCCUGACAGUAAUCGAGAAGGUGCAGAUUGCGGCGGCAGUGCUCGGUUCGCUCUUCCUCAUCGCCAGUAUCUCAUGGCUUGUGUGGUCUUCGCUCAGUCCCUCGGCCAAGUGGCAGCGCCAGGACCUGCUCUUCCAGAUCUGCUACGCCAUGUACGGCUUCAUGGACCUCGUCUGCAUCGCUCUGAUUGUGCACGAGGGGCCGUCCGUGUUUCGUAUCUUCCACCGCUGGCAGGCUGUGAAUCAGCAGUGGAAGGUGCUCAAUUAUGACAAGCUGAAGGACUCGGAGGACCCUCAGAAGGGCAGCAGCACCCUACGCUCCCUCACGCUCCCCUUGAGCAAUCGAGGCGGAGUAGCCCCACCUAUUUCCCCGUCUCCCUCUAGCUCUGCCCUCACGACAGCUGCGACGGUGACCAUCACCCCGGGUACGACUGUGCCAGCGGUCACCGCGGCUCCAGAGGACUCCUCAGAGGCGGAGCGCCACUGUGCGUACAGCCUGCUGCAGCUGCUCAGCCUCAAUCUGCGUAACCAGGAGCCCAGGAACGGCACAAUGCAGCCCAGACACGACAACCGCGAGCUGGUCAUGAGAGUCACCACCGUCUGAGACUGCGUGUGAAGCCAAAUCGGAGAUAUAUAACUCGGAGAGGGAAGAAUGACAGUUGGACCCCAGAGACGUUUUCUAGCAAAUGAGCUUGAGGUCCUUCGGGGACACUUUGGCAUUUUAUGGAAGUAAUACAUUUAUUUGUAAGUAAGGAUCGAGAAUUUUACGAAGGGUCAUGCACACCUUCAAGGCUGUGUGAAGCGGGGUGUGUUUUCGAGUUAAAGUUCAAGCUCAGAGCAUAGUGUUUUCUUUUUUUGUUUUUUAAAGUGAGUGGCUUGGUAUGGUCGAUGUUAGUAUGUGACCAUGUAGAGAGGGUGAGUCUUUUCAAGCACAAGAUACAACAAUGCAAUGCAGAUCUAAUAUUCGAACACAUGCAUCAAUACACAAGGUCAGAGUUGGCUAUGACAGAACAGACGUUUUCCACUCAUCCCAAAUGUAGUCCAUCAGACGUUGUUGGUGUCUAAUUAGUAUUGCACCAGCACUACAAGGUUAAUUUAUCUAACAAGUAAUGGAAGUCUAUCUCACCACAAUCUUUUCUGUCAAAGUCUGCCUUCAUGAUCGAUUUGUUUCAGUGAUAUCAUCCAGAUUCAUUCAUUUGGUUUAAGACACAGUAGGUCAAACUUAACAUGAACAAAACAUCUGAAAUGUCACAUGAUGGGCAGCCAUCUUGAGGAUUUCCACCCUAAGCAUGGUUUGGCCCCGCCCCAACGUUUGACUACAUUAUCACUAAGUCAUACGAUAAGCUAUUUCAUGCUAAACUCUGAACGCUGUGUAAUACAGGUAGUCCUCACGUAAUUUAGCAAAACAGAGCAAUUUACAGAAUUUAUAAAGUUUACAGAAUACAUGUGGUAGGGGGCACGUGGACGAGCGCCGGGUCACGAGUGGAGGCCGGACUCUGGCGAUACGACCAGUAAGAAGACGUGCUGUUUCAGUGUCCGGCAACGUAGCGAUAAACCAAAAAUACAAUUUAAAAAAAAGAGAUAAAAUAGGGCUUUGAAACAGCACAAACACAAAAACCUGAGGUACAUGCUGGCAGCAUCCCAGCGUUUCCGACUGCAUUUACGGUGCUACGUUUGCCUGCCACACAAAACGUACAAUAUUUUGUCGUAUCACUAUCCUCAUCAUAAGAUCGAAAAAUCUUAGCUUGGGGACUACCUGUACAGCCUCUUCAUAUCAUUUAUCAAAUUUGUGCAUGUAUUUAUGGAAAGGUUUUUGAGUAAGACAUAAAAAUGAUUUGAUAACUUUUGCCUUGUAGCUCCUGUGUGUAUGUAAAGACAUGAACAGCGUCAGUCGCGGCUCACGGACUGUACAUUUAGGGCGAGUGGAACAUGACAUGGGUGGAAAAAAUGUUCUUUAAGUUUACAUUUCAACACACCUGGCUGUUUGUGGAAGGGUCAGUAACACCGUUAAUGGACUAUCGAUACAACAUGGGAUCCGGGUUCCAAGGAGCCGAAACUACCGUGGCCUGAGUCAACGCUCCUGUUUGACGGACUCAUUUUGUUUACAUUUGUUAAAAUGUCCGAAAAGAAAAUACAUUGUUGCAUUAAAAAGACGAAUGAGUGCAAUAUAAAAAAAAUAAGGAAAAAGAAAUAUAUGGAUUUGUCAUUUCUCUCAAGAGAGAAGAAGGGAGGGAAGGAGAGAGGC